AUGGUGGCCCCCUCCUCCCUCCUGGACGCCUCGCCGUCCGUUACAUCCCUGUCCAGUGUUCAGCUGCAAAGCCAGCCUUCCUACGUGUCCGACCCCCCCAUCGAGACAGUCGUCUUCGCCUGGGGCGCGUCAGAGGAUGGCCAGCUGGGCUUGGACACCCGGCAGGAUGUGCCCACACCCAAGGUGGUGGAAGCGCUGCUAGGCACCCGUUUCUGCGGGCGGCAGGCCGGCCGCGUGCCCCUGAUAGCAGGCAGCCGCGCCUCUGUGGGCAUCGACGUGGACGGCCAGGUGCUCGCCUGGGGCUGGAACGGGCGCGGCACGCUGGGACGCGGCCACCGCGAGGCCAAGGGCGCUGAGCGCCCGCAGCGCGUGCUGGGGCUGGAGGGGCGGCGCAUCGUGCAGGUGGCGCUGGGCGGCUGGCACUGCCUGGCCGUGGACGCGCGGGGCCAGGUCUAUGCGUGGGGGGGUAACGAAUAUGGGCAGUGCGGGCUGGAGGAGGGGUUGAAGGACGUGGUGACGGCGCGGCCCUGUCUGCAGGGCAUGCGCUUCAGGCGCAUCGCGGCGGGGGGGAUGCACUCCCUCGCCCUCACCGACAGCGGGGAGAUCUGGAUCUGGGGCGAGCCCUGGGGCGACUUCUCCAUGACCGUGAGCCGGCGACCACGGCGCAUCGACACCCGGUGCGACUACGUGGAAAUCGCGUCGGGGGCCUUCCACAACCUGGCCAUCACCUCGGAGGGCCAGUGCCUGACCUGGGGCAUCAACGACUUUGGGCAGCUGGGCAAUGGCACCACCAAUUACGCCACUGUGCCCGAGCCGGUUGUCGGGCUGGAGGGCGUCCACGUCACCGCCAUCGCUGCGGGGGGCUGGCACUCGCUGGCCAUUGCCAGCACAGGGGAGGUGUACGUGUGGGGCCGCGGCGAGUAUGGCCGGCUGGGCGUGGGCGACCGCAGCGGGACCAGCCGCUUGCGCCCCACGCUGCUCACCCAGGGCCUGGAGGGCCGGCGGGUGGUGCAGGCCUCCUGUGGCGGCACCCACACCGCAGUGGUGACGGACGAGGGGCGCUGCUUCAUCUGGGGCCGAGCCGCCUUUGGCCGGUUGGGCAGCGGCCAUGCCCAGGACCUGCUGGCGCCCGCCGAGCUGGCGCUGCCGGGCGGGCCGGAGCGCUGGCGCGUGGUGGCGGUGGGCGCGGGUGGGCGGCACAGCCUGGCGCUGGCGGUGCCGGACUCGGGGCGCCUGGCUCCGCGGCUGGAGCGCGAGGCCACCUGGGCGGCGGGCGAGGCGGACGACGAGGCCACCGAGGGCGCGGCCAGCCCCGAGGGCGGCAGCGACGACGGCGGCGGCGCGGCGGGGUGGGACGUGGGUGGGGAACCUGUGCCCGUCCCGGGCGAGGAGGAGCUGCGCAUGUAUGUGGAUCGGGUGCACGCUGCGGGCGUGGGCGCCAGUGUCGCGUUGCUGGAGGGGGAGGAGGACGGCGCGGAGCUGGAGGCCGGCCUCCUGCUCGAGCUGAAGGAGGAGGAGGAGGAAGCUGAAGAGGAGGAGGCGCCGGAGGAGGAAGACCAAAAGGAGGGGGUGCACCCCGGCGCUCCAGGGGACGACCUCGGCCUCGCGAUCUCGCCAUAG